GUGGCCACUCGUGCUCCGUAAACAGUCGGGAAGUGGGGAGCAUAAAAGAAGUGGAACGCAGCCGCUGGAUGAAGUGAACAGGCGAUUCCUUCACUUAAAAGAUUCAUUUUAAAACACCGAUUCGUUCAUCUAACAUCACAAAGUGGAGAGAAAUCAUGUCGAUGCGUCACAUCACAAUUAAGCUGAGAGGACAAGAGCCUCGGCCUCAUCGCUGCCAUGCAGAUGCUGCUUUAUUCACUUGCCCCUUCUGCUCAACUGAAGUCUGUAAGCCAAGACAGUACCAUCAAAUAAUGGCCCAUAUAGCUGGACAUAAACUGAGGGCGGUUGAAUAUGGAGAUCAGGUUAUAUACAGCUGUAACAUUGGCUGUGGCAAAACGGCCAGACAUUUUCACUGCUGCCAGUGUCCCAAGACUUACAUUAAUAAAGGUUCCCUAAAAAAGCAUCUUUCCAACAGUCAUCCCAUAGCUACUUGCACUUUAAAACCACAGUCAGUAAGUGACCCACAACAAGAACCUCCUUCCCAAAAACCAGCAUCACAACCUCCACAAGAACCUUCUUCCCAAAAACCAGCAUCACAACCACAACAAGAAGCUUCUUCCCAAAAACCAGCAUCGCAACCACAACAAGAACCUUCUUCCCAAAAACCAGCAUCACAACCACAACAAGAUCCUUCUUCCCAACAACCAGCAUCACAACCAAAACAAGAACCUUCUUCCCAAAAACCAGCAUCACAACCACCACAAGAACCUCCAUCCCAAAAACCAGCAUCACAACCACAACAAGAUCCUUCUUCCCAACAACCAGCAUCACAACCACAACAAGAACCUUCUUCCCAACAACCAGCAUCACAACAACCACAAGAACCUCCUUCCCAACAACCAGCAUCUGAUCCACAACAAGAACUUCCUUCCCAACAAGCAGCAUCUCAUCCUCUUCAAUUAGCAGCUCCUCCAGCGAUUAAGAGAAUUUCUCUGCAGUGCCGUCGUAGGCACAUCACAAUUAAGCUGAGAGGACAAGAGCCUCGGCCUCAUCGCUGCCAUGCAGAUGCUGCUUUAUUCACUUGCCCCUUCUGCUCAACUGACGUCUGUAAGCCAAGACAGUACCAUCAAAUAAUGGCCCAUAUAGCUGGACAUAAACUGAGGGCGGUUGAAUAUGGAGAUGAUGUUAUAUACAGCUGUAACAUUGGCUGUGGCAAAAUGGCCAGACAUUUUCACUGCUGCCAGUGUCCCAAGACUUACAUUAAUAAAAGUGCCCUAAAAAAGCACCUUUCCAACAGUCAUCCCAUAGCUACUUGCACUUUAAAACAACCAGCAAGUGACCCACUACAAGAACCUCCUUACCAAAAACCACCAUCUCUUCCACAAAAAGAAUCUCCUUCCCAACAACCAGCAUCUCAACCACAACAAGAUCCUCCUUCCCAACAACCAGCAUCUCAACCACAACAAGAACCUCCUUCCCAAAAACCAGCAUCUCUUCCACAAAAAGAAUCUCCUUCCCAACAACCAGCAUCUCAACCACAACAAGAUCCUCCUUCCCAACAACCAGCAUCUCAACCACAACAAGAACCUCCUUCCCAAAAACCAGCAUCUCUUCCACAAAAAGAAUCUCCUUCCCAACAACCAGCAUCUCAACCACAACAAGAACCUCCUUCCCAACAACCAGCAUCUCAACCACAACAAGAUCCUCCUUCCCAACAACCAGCAUCUCAUCCACAACAAGAUCCUCCUUCCCAACAACCAGCAUCUGAUCCACUUCAAUUAGCAGCUCCUCCAGCGAUUAAGAGUCAUCGUAGGCACAUCACAAUUAAGCUGAGAGGACAAGAGCCUCGGCCUCAUCGCUGCCAUGCAGAUGCUGCUUUAUUCACUUGCCCCUUCUGCUCAACUGACGUCUGUAAGCCAAGACAGUACCAUCAAAUAAUGGCCCAUAUAGCUGGACAUAAACUGAGGGCGGUUGAAUAUGGAGAUCAGGUUAUAUACAGCUGUAACAUUGGCUGUGGCAAAAUGGCCAGACAUUUUCACUGCUGCCAGUGUCCCAAGACUUACAUUAAUAAAGCUGACCUAAAAAAGCAUCUUUGCAGCAGUCAUCCCAUAGCUACUUGCACUUUAAAACCACAACCAGUAAGUGACCCACAGCAAGAACCUCCUUCCCAACAACCAGCAUCAGAACCACAACAAGAACCUCCUUCCCAACAAUCAGCAUCACAACCUCAACAAGAGCCUCCUUUGCAGCAACCAGCAUCUCCUCCACUUCAAUUAGCAGCUCCUCCAGCGAUUAAGAGAAGGCAAAUUUCUGUGCAGUGCCGUCAUAGGCACAUCACAAUUAAGCAGAGAGGGCAAGAGCCUCAGCCUCAACGCUGCCAUGCAGAUGCUACUUUAUUCACUUGCCCUUUCUGCACAACUGAUGCAUGUAAGCCAAGAAAAUAUCAUCAAAUAAUGGCCCAUAUAGCUGGACAUAAACUGAGCGCGGUUGAAUAUGGAGAUGAUGUUAUAUACAGCUGUAACAGCUGUGGUGAAAAGGCCAGACAUUUUCACUGCUGCCAGUGUCCACAGACCUACUUCAAUCAAGGUGCUCUAAAGAGGCAUCUUUGCAACACUCAUCCUAUAGCUACUUGCGCUCCAGAACCACAACCUGUAGGUCGUCCACUACAAGAACCUCCUUUGCAGCAACCAGCACCUCGUCCACUGGAAUUAGCAGCUCAGCGAGUGAUUGUUAAAAGAAAGCAAAUCUCUGUGCAGUGUCCUCACUGCAGGGUCAAUCUGAAUUCCAAAAAUUUAAAGAUGCACAUUAAGCGGAAACAUCAUGAAGCCAUGCAUCCUGUAACUCCAACUUGGGAUUCAUCCCACAAGGUUAUCUGUGACAUUGAUAUUUGUAAAAGCUGUGUUGAAACGGCACCAAGGAGUGAACUUUUGGUUACACAAUGUGUGUCUCUAAGCUCAGUAGACUACUCCUGUGCUGCUGAACCUAGUGAAGAUUUAUCAGAGGACAUGUUGACUGAGAUGGAGUAAAAACCAUUUGGGGGAAAGAAAAACAAUGUUUUAAGUAGCAAAAUUAGGAUAACGGUAAAGGUGCCACAUUUACUAGCCUUGUUACCAUUGGAGGCCCCAACUACAUAUAUAAAGGUGGCACAUUACUGUCUUGGUGAAUUACAAUGUCACUGUAAACUGUUGGUACUGCCCUUGUAGCAAAGGUAGAAAAUCAUGUCUGUACUAGAGUAUUGAAAAGUGGAGUCUCUUUCAAAUGAAGAAGCAGCUCUUCAAAAACCAAAAGCAAAGGAAGGGAUUGAAUCAGCAUGAGGACCUGUCUAGCCAACAGUGGUAAUAUCCUCCACAGCAGUCGUUCCAAAAAUGGUUGCCCGCAACUGGCUAGGAGAAGAAAAACUGAGACAUCUCAGCCCAAAAGAAAAACCGAUUCUGACUCACAACGAACUGGCACUACAAAUAGAUGAUCCUGCAGAUAUCAGUGGACACUGCCACCUCCUUGCUAGUGUGCAAUAUGUUAAUGAAGAGUUUAUUGCUGUUACAAGGGCGGGCAUGGGGGUGUUUUAAAUGAAAAAGAUUAAAAAAAAAAAAUAAUCCAAAAUGUUCAAUUGGAAUGCUGAUUAAUCAAUGAAUGAUUAUUUGCCAUAAAUGAUUUAAUCAGUUCCUCUUCCAGGUCAUUCGCCAUCAUUGCCCAGGUAGUGGCAAUGAGCAUUUCAACCAGUGAAAUAUUUUCUUAUGGCCAUUUCCUGAUUUGUGCAGCUCAACAACCUCACCUCAUAUAUACAUAGACCCUUUUGAAACAGGAAGUCAUGGCUCAUCACUUACAGGGUUAUUUCACCCAAAAUGAAAAUUGUCAUCAUUUGUUCACCCUUGUGUUGUUUCCCCAGCUAACAGGGAACAUUCUCAGAACUUUGAGAGAACCUUAUCAGAAUGUUAGCCAAAGUUAUGAACAAAUCUUUUUUCCUGUAACGUUAAUAGAAUGUUCUCAUAAAAUGUUGCGACCCUGACGCGGCACUAAGCACUUUUCUACGUCAAAGACUGUUUUUAGAAAUGUGAAUAUUGGAGUGGAUUUUAGAGUACACACUCAUUUAUAAAACAUGCAUUCGCACAGAUUUGAACAGAGGUCUUUAAUAACGUUAUCAAAACAUUAGCACAAAAACAAUAACCCCCGGUUUCACAGACAAGGCUUAAGAUAGUCCUGGACUAAAAUGCAUGUUUGAGCUGUUUUAACUGAAAGUAACUUGCACUGACAGAUCUUAAAAUAUGUCACUGCCAUUGUUUUGUCUCAAGAUGCACACCAGUAAUGUUUUUUUUCUAGGGUACGUUUAUAAAAGCUACUUAAAUGCCCUAAUUGAACUACAGUCUAAUCCUGGCUUAGGCUAAGCCCUGUCUGUGAAACCAGGUCUAAAUGCUCAUGGAGCAUUUUUCUGAAAUGUUUUAUUUUGAUAUUUGUUUGUUACUGCUUGUUUCAGAAUUCUCAGAAAACAUUCAAAAGCAAUGUUACAUUAACAUUUGCAUAACCAAGAAACAUUUUUCAAACAUUUUAAAAACUGGACUGAACGUUUGAAAUGUUCUGAGACUUUCAGAAAUAACAUUUUCAUAGCUGUAGGUGAACUUUUGCAAAUUGCUCUUAGAACAUAUUUUUGUUAGCUGGUCCAAACCUGUAUGACUUUCUUUUGCAGAACACACAAAAAAAGAGUACUUUAAAGAAUGUUGGUAACCAUUUUGGUUAGUGUUGACUUCCAUUAUAUGGACAGAAAUGUAGUAACUUGACACAAUUAUUUGUUACAUUUAAUAAAUAAUCCACAAUACCCCUCACCCAACAAGGAAAUUUUCCUUUUAUAUUUUGCGUAUGUAUUAAUUCAAACUCUGUUGAAGGAAUGUUUUAAAACUGCACAGUAGUUAACCAAGAUCACAUGUGUAUCAUGUUUGGUAUCUAUGAGCUGCAAUUUUAAUUUCUUGUAUGUUCAUUUACCUUACUCUGUUAAUAUUAUAAGAAUCUUGAAGCACACAGAAGUGUUUGAUAAGUGUGUGUGUGUAUAUAUAUGUAUAUAUAUAUAUAUAUAU